GGAGAUUUCACAACUGGCAGACAGAUCCCCAGGCUAUAAGAGAUGCCACGUUAGGGACCAACCCCGCUCCAGCCCCAGGGAUCCCGCGGCGUUGUCAGGAUGAGCAAGACCCCCCAGAGCCAGGAGCAGCUCUCUGAGCUGGAGAAGGCCAUGGAUGUCAUCAUUGAUGUCUUUCAUCAGUACUCAAGACGGGAGGGCGACAGAGACACCCUGACCAAGAGUGAGCUCAAGCUCCUGGUUGAGAAGCAGCUUGCAAACUACCUGAAGCAUGUGAAAAGCAAGGCCACCAUUGAUGAAAUCAUGAAGGACCUGGACUUCAACAAGGAUGCCCAGCUGAGCUUCUCCGAGGUGAUCCUGCUGAUCGCCCGCGUCACCAUCGCCACCCACGAACACCUCCACGACGUUGAGGACCACCAGCAGCAACACCAGCACAAACACCAGCACCACCACUGAGUCAGGCUGUGGGUCCCACAGUGAGGUUACCCCCACAGCUAUUUGCAGCCUCUGGCUUUCUCCUCUCCACCUCCCUCUGCCCACCUCCUUCCUUUCCCUUCCUUCAAAGUCUGAUGGUUUUGCUGCCAAAUAAAGGUUUGUCCUGAGGCUUGUCAAA